AUGGAUGUGUAUUCUCUUAGUGUCAACGUGCUUUCUGCACUUGGACUCUCUCCUGACAGUGUCUCACUUACUGGUGUUGAUUCUAUAGUAACUUUUAAAACAAAAAUGAGUGACGAGAAGUCGACACGGUUAUAUGAAAAGUCGGUGAACCCGUUUUGGUGUGAAGUUUUUCAAGUUGAUGCGACACUUGGGGAAGACAUCAUAUUCCAAGUCAAAAAUAACCCGAAAAACCCGAUCAAAAAGAUCAUUGGAACGGGGACGUAUCACGUCGACUUAUUUGCAGUUGGCGAGUCUGUCCGUAAGACCUUAAAAUUAGCUGAAGGUGGGGAGUUGAAUAUCAAAGUCACCUGCGACACCAUCAAAGCAAUAGCCACCGAAAAAUAA